AUGAAUCAAAUGGGACAAGGUGCCAAAUCACCGAAUGAGCAUCAUCAGUUUAAGUUGCAAGCCAGUGGCAAUCAACAAAAUGCUGCAAGUAAAGAAAGCGAACCACUGCAGCACGCGGAAAAUCAUUACUGGAAGGCAAUCGUCGGAAUAUCAAUGGGAUUACUGUCAGGUUGCAGUCUCGCCAUCUCUGAUGCAUUUGCUCUAUUGUGUAUUAAGUUUGGUUAUUCCCCGGCACAAGUCUUACUUGUAAAAUCAUUAGUAAUGAUGGCAAUAAUGAUUCCAUUGCUAAUCUAUAAGAGAAUUGAUAUUUUGAAACUGAAACGGAAAGAUACUGUAUUGAACAUUGUAAAAAGCAUUUGUGAAAAUGCAGGAGACAUAUUUUUCUAUUAUGGUAUGAAUGCAAUUGGAAUGGGUGAUGCUACUUCAAUUGCAACUGGCUCACUUCCAAUAUUUUCCCCUCUGUUUGCCUGUAUUUUCAUACAAGAGAAGUUUAGAUUCCAUGACUGUAUUGGCUUGGUGAUAAAUGUUGCAGGAAUUAUUUUAAUAUCCCAACCUGAAUUUAUUUUUGGCAAUGGCACAAACCCGUCUUCAAGCAUAGGGUAUGUGUAUUCCAUUCUAGCAGGACUCUUUCUUUCCACUGGCACUGUAUGUUCGAGAGCAAUGUCCAAUGACUUGUCUCUCAUAGUUGUAAUAUUCUAUAACGGUGUAUUGGGUACUGUACUUACGUUGAUACUGGUAGUCCCAACAAGUAAUCAUCGAAUGUAUUCAUUGAUACCAUACUAUCCUAUUACUAUCCCAUAUAUGGUAGGAAUGGUAAUAUGGUUUCUUGCAUACCUAUACUCAUUUAACAGAGCUUUACAAGUGCAGAGUGCUGGUAAAACCAGCAUUCUACUUAACAUUAGUCUUAUUGUCAGCUUCAUUGGUGAUAUCAUUGUAUUUCAUAAACAUGUAGUGAAUUUAGAAGUAAUUGGUGCAGCACUUAUCAUUUUCAGUUCUAUUGUUGUUUUCCUGGUUAGCUGCUAUGAGACCAAACAAAACAAAAAUGAAGAAACAACACUUAUACUAAAGCCACAGCAACAUUCAAUAGGACUAGAUAAAAAGCCAUAA